GCCCGGCUGCCAGAGCCCAGCCCAACCAUGCUUGUGCUGUGCACUGCCCUGGCAGGGCUGCUUCUCCUGCUGCCCCUGCUGGGGACCUGCCUGUGGCCCUACUGGUGGCAGGACUUGGUCACCUCCACCCUCGUCAUCUACCAGGGCUUGAGGGGGCUCUGGCGGCUCCAGCGCCGCCCCCCCCUCACCCUGCUCGACAGCUUCCUGGAGAAGGCGCGGAGCCAUCCGGAGAAAGCCCUGCUGCUCUUCGGGGAGCAGGUCUACACCUACCGGGACAUCGACCGGCGCAGCAGCCAGGUGGCUCGGGCCCUGCGGGACCUGGGGCUGCGGGAAGGGGAGGCGGUGGCCGUGUUCCUGCCCAACGUGCCCGCCUACCUGUGGGUCUGGCUGGGGCUGGCCAAGAUCGGCUGCGCCAUGGCCUGCCUCAACAGCCACCUCCGUGCCGCCUCCCUGUUGCACUCGCUCCGCUCCUGCGGGGCCACCGUGCUGCUGACCAGCCUGGAUCUGCAAGCGGCCAUCGAGAAUGUUCUGCCCACCCUCCGCCAGGAAGGCUUCCGGGUUUUCUACCUGAGUAAGGAGUCCCCCACGGAGGGCGUGGAGCCCCUCCAGAGCCGGAUAGAUGCCGCCUCCACCGCGCCGGUGCCUGUUGCUUUCCGAGGCAACGUGACCGGCAAAUCCACGGCCCUCUACAUUUACACCUCGGGCACCACCGGGCUACCGAAAGCUGCCAUCAUCACCCACACGAGGCUGUGCAUGAUGGCGAGCAUAUUAAACGUGUGCGGCGUCAAACCCACGGACGUGAUCUACACCCCUCUACCGCUGUACCACUCGGCUGCACUGCUCCUCGGACUCGGGGGAAGCUUGGAGGUUGGAGCCACCUGUGUCCUGCGUUCGAAGUUCUCUGUCUCCCAGUUCUGGGAUGACUGCCGGCGCUACAACGUCACUGUCAUCCAGUACGUAGGGGAGGUGAUGCGCUACCUCUGCAACGCGCCCAAGCGGGAGAACGAACGAGAGCACAGAGUGCGGCUGGUGCUGGGCAACGGCCUGCGGGUGGAGGUCUGGAAAGAAUUCCUCCGGCGCUUCGGGCCCAUCCGCAUCUGCGAGUUCUACGGGGCCACGGAGGGGAACAUCGGGUUCGUCAACUACACAGGGAAGAUUGGAGCCGUGGGAAGGACCAAUUUCUUCUUCAAGAUGCUCGCCCCAUUCGAGCUGGUCCGGUACGACGUGGAGCAGGACGAACCCGUGCGAGACGAGAGAGGGCUCUGCAUCCGAGUCCCCCCCGGUGAGCCGGGGCUGCUGGUGGGGAAGAUCACGAAAGCGUCUCCUUUCCACGGCUACGCGGGAGACCGUCAGAAGACGGAGAAGAAGGUCCUGAGGGACGUGUUGAAGAAGGGGGAUGUCUACUUCAACAGUGGAGACCUCCUCAUGGUGGACCGUGAGGGCUUCCUUUAUUUCCAGGACCGGGUGGGAGACACAUUCCGCUGGAAAGGGGAGAAUGUGGCGACGACGGAGGUGGAGACCACGCUGGCGGCGGUGGAGUUCAUUCAGGAAGUCAAUGUGUACGGGGUGCCGGUCCCAGGGCACGAGGGGAAGGUCGGGAUGGCGGCCGUGCGCCUGAAGGAGGGGGUGGACUUUGACGGCGAAAAGCUCUACGCACACGUAUCUGGGCAGCUGAGCCGAUUGGUGCAACCUGUUUUGUGCUUUGUUACACAGGACGAACUGGAGAUCACAGGGACGUUCAAGCAGUGCAAAGGGCAGCUAGUGAAGGAAGGCUUCAACCCAGCUCUCAUCAAAGACCCCCUGUUCUUCCUGGAUGAAUCAAAGAAGCGUUUUGUGCCCAUGUGCCCUGAGAUCUACAGCUCCAUCCUGGACAAGAAACUGAAACUCUAACGAAGACGUUAACCAUCCUUGCAAGGAAGCCAGGAUGCCCCCAGUUUUUGGUUUCUCAGGAUCCAUCCGAGGAGGAUCAUGGAUCCCUUUUGUUCCUCUCUUUCUGGACUGUCUCCGAUUUGUCCACCCAUUCAGUGAAUAGUUUCAGCCAAAUCCCCCCAAAUCCAAAAUUUCGGAAGGGCGAAAAUGAUUCUUUGAAUGGUGCCACUUGGGAGUGCUUUUCCCAGACCUGAGGCUGUGGCUACACUGCCAGUUCUUUUGGGAAGAAGAUAUGCAAAUUGCGCUCGCAUUUGCAUGUCUUCUUUUGAUUCUUUUUGCGGAAGAAAUUUGGCCCCGUGUAGACAGGGCCAAAUGUCGGAAAA